AUCGUUCUGUCACCGUAGCACUUGGGUUAGCCUUCUGUUCUGUGUGAGUGAGGUAAGUAAAUUAUGGUAAAGCCCUUCGAUUUUAAAGCUUGUUUUAAAUUGUUUUUGAGAUGGUGGCAAGCUUUAAAUUGAUUUUAUCGGCAUUUGAGUGUGAUUAAACUGGAAUGGAAAUUGUGAUGGUUUUUAUGAGAAUUUCACAGUUUUCUGGAAUUGAGCAUGAUUGAAAUGAAAAGUGAGAAUUUCAUUGUUUUUUUUUUCUGGAGUUAUUGCACCGAGCAUGAUUGGUUUGAAAUGAAACUGUUUUCAUUGGUAUUGAGUACAGCAUGCCUAUUUGGAAUUGACUAAACUGUUUUGAUGAACUGAGAGUUUGCAAAUUCUGAGUUUUCUGAUAAAUCCAUGCCCACAUGGAUUUUUCUGGUUAUUUCUGAAAUUGGGAUUGAUUGUGAAACUUGGGUUCUCUGUAAACUCUGCAUGGUUUUGUCUCAGAUAUAGUCAUGAUUACUGAUUACUGUGCUCGCUAGUGGGAGGUUUAUAAACGCUAGCACAUGUCGACAUGUUUACUGAUAUGACCGGUCCAUUCUGUAACCCUACCAAUGGGGGUUAAACAUUGGUAAUUACUGUCGCCUGCCAGUAGGAGUUGUAAACACUGGCACCAUUACUGACGCCUGCCAGUGGGAGUUGUUAAACACUGGCACUUCUGUAACCUUGCCUAUGGGGUUAAACAUUGGCAACUACUGUGCCCGCCAGUGGGAGGUUUAUAAACGCUGGCCAUGACUUAUAGAUGAGACUACUGAACUGAGUUUUAUUCUGCAUGAACGGUUUGUCAUGAGGCUUUGAUAUUGAACUGAAUCUGAUUCUGUUUUAAUGGUUUGUCAUGAAACGAUUUGUUAUUGAACUGAAUUUGAUUCUGUUUUAACAGUUUAUCAUUGAAAGUUCUGUUAUGCUUACAUGGUUUGUCUGGCAUGUUUAAAAGUUUUACCCGAGGGCUAUCCAUAUUUACUUACUGAGUUAUCUCAUAGUUUUCCUUGUCUACCAUUUCAGGAAGUGAAACCGAGGACGGGGAAAUCACGGGAAGUGACGAGUUAGAAGGCUAGCCAUUUCGAGAUUGAGCAUAGAUUUAGAAAUAAAUCAUGAUCUUGUAUUUGGAGAUUUAUGAUAUCAGAGAGAUUUUAUAAUUUGAUCUUCAGAUUUUGAUGGUAUUAGUUUGUGAUUUGAAUAAAUCCCGAGCCUUGUGCACUUAUGGGACCCGUCUCACGAGUGCACGGCAUCUGCCACGUCCCUGGAUUUGGGUUCUGGGGCGUGACAACUUGACAUU